AAACCGGGCGGCCCACUAACGCUUUCGGUCUGAACUAUAUCCACCCUAUCGCUCUCCGUUCGCCAGAGAGAGAUAUCUACCAGUCGGCGCCGACCAGAUUAGCCGGCGAAAUCACCGGAGAGAAAACACUCUCCACUCGAGCAUCGAAGCAGCUUUGAAAACCAUGGCUCCUCUCACGCUAGCCGUGGAUACAACAACGAAGACUGCUUCCGUGAACCCUCUGGAUUUCUCAGGCGGGAAAAUGCACAUCGCUCAGCUCGAAACCCGCAGCAAGCCUUUCGCCUCGCUCAGCACUAGAGGAGAAGAGGAGAAGCCGUUUGAUUUCUUGCGAACUGUGUUUGAAGGAGUAAUUGCGGGAGGUACUGCUGGUGUAGUAGUUGAGACGGCAUUGUAUCCCAUUGAUACUAUCAAGACAAGGUUGCAGGCAGUGAUGGUUAAGUAUAGGGAUUUGCUGAGGUUUUUGUGUGUGUUUUUUUUUUAUAUAUUACAGGCAGCUCGUGGUGGUGGACAAAUAGCCUGGAAGGGUCUUUACUCUGGCUUGGCUGGAAAUAUUGCCGGCGUCCUACCGGCUUCUGCUUUGUUUGUCGGAGUAUAUGAGCCAGCGAAACAGAAGUUAUUGAAAGUUUUUCCUGAAAAUCUUAGUGCUUUUGCUCAUCUAACUGCAGGUGCCAUAGGAGGGCUUGCUGCUUCUUUUGUUCGUGUACCAACAGAGGUUGUUAAAACAAGGAUGCAAACGGGGCAAUUUUCCUCUGCUCCGAAUGCUGUCCGGCUCAUUGUCUCAAAGGAGGGAUUUAAGGGUCUCUAUGCGGGAUAUGGAUCAUUCUUAUUGCGUGAUCUGCCAUUUGAUGCUAUUCAGUUUUGCAUUUACGAGCAGCUACGGAUCGGUUACAAAGUAGCAGCACGAAGAGAUCUCAAUGACGCCGAGAAUGCUGUGAUUGGCGCUUUUGCUGGUGCGCUAACUGGAGCAGUGACUACUCCACUUGAUGUGAUUAAGACAAGACUAAUGAUUCAGGGAUCAGCAAACCAGUACAAAGGAGUGGUGGAUUGUGUUCAAACUGUCAUUAGGGAGGAAGGACCUGCUGCACUUCUUAAGGGCAUAGGGCCAAGGGUGAUGUGGAUAGGAAUUGGGGGUUCGAUCUUUUUCGGUGUAUUGGAGAGCACAAAGAGGAUGCUUGCAGAGAGGCGACCCUCUUCAUCUCCUCCACAUUUGAACCCGAAGCAGGAUUAGGGAAUUCCUAGGAUUGAGAUUAGUUCUUAACAUGCACAAGCGUCUUUUUUCGCUCAUGCCUUUUGUUGUGGUCUUUAAUACGUUAGUCGAUGUAACGUGAAUCAAUAUCUUGAUAAUCAUUUAUAAGAGUUGUUUUGUAUGAUCAUAACAUCAUUUGUUGAUUCAUGUUAAUCAGGAAAUAGAUAAGGUUAGCGCAAAGUAAAUGCGCCUGUAUCCUGUAUCGAGUUCAAAUCACUAUGCAAGAGUGAUGUGAAUUACUGCGAUCAUGGCAUCACUUGAUACAUGAAGUUAAGAGACAUCAAAUGGAAAUUAACAACAAUAAGGAACAUUUAACUCAUCCCUCGUCUUAAGUGCAAAUCAAACAAG